CACUCCACUCACCGCCCACCUUCACCUUCUCCGACAGCCGCCUUCCAACCAAUUCUCCGCCGUUUCUUUUUUACCAUUCCUUCCGAUCUCAAUCAAGAUUCUCCUUCGGGUUCCGACAUGGCCUCCCAUUUCCCGCCAACUUCCAAAUCAGAAUCGCCGCCGCCGCCGCCGCCGCCGACGCCGAUCCAAUCCAAAGAAGACGACGAUCUCCCCGCCGAACCCACCACAGCACUUCUCUCCUUCAGCACAGAUUCUUCUUCCCCGCCGCCGCCAAAACCGGCGCCGGCCUCCACUCUCAUCCUCUCUCUUAUCAUUUCCACCUGCCUCGCCGCCGCCGCCGUUACCUUCGCCGUCUUGUUCUUCCACAACAAUGGCGAUUCCAGCGGCGGACACGUGUCCCGACCACUCGCGAAGCUCCGAUCCCCCGUCGUCCUUCUGAUCUCCACCGACGGAUUCCGAUUCGGCUAUCAAUUCAAAACCGACACGCCCAACAUCCACCGAUUAAUCCGAAACGGAAUCGAAGCCGAAUUAGGUCUAAUUCCCGUUUUUCCGACACUCACUUUCCCAAAUCACUACUCGAUCGUCACCGGACUCUACCCAGCCUACCACGGCAUCGUCAACAACUAUUUCACCGAUCCCACCGCCGGCGCAGGCGGCUUCUUCCACAUGGCGAGCCACGAGCCGGAGUGGUGGCUAGGCGAGCCGCUGUGGGAGACGGCGGCGCGCGGCGGCCUGAAAGCCGCCGUCAAUUUCUGGCCGGGCUCCGAGGUUAAAAAGGGGGUGUGGAAUUGUCCUAAAGACUACUGUUUGAUCUACAACGCUUCGAUGCCUUACGAAGAAAGAGUCGACAAAGUUUUAAACUAUUUCGAUUUGCCUCCAAACAAGGUCCCUUCAUUCAUCACAUUGUAUUUCGACGAUCCCGACACACCCGGCCACAAGGUCGGCCCAGACGAUCCGCGGAUCACGGCGGCUAUUUCCCGAGUCGACGCAAUGAUCGGGAGGUUGAUCCGAGGUUUGGAAGACCGCGGCGUGUUCGAGGACGUGAGCAUCGUUUUGCUCGGCGAUCACGGAAUGGUUUCGACUUGCGAUCGUAAAUUGAUUUUUUUGAGCGAUUUAUCCGAUUGGAUCGAUAUCCCGAAGGAUUGGGUGCAAUCGUAUAGUCCUCUGCUUGCAAUUCGUCCCCCGCCCGAUAUCCUUGCAAAGGACAUCGUGGUCAAAAUGAACAAAGGGUUAAAGUCAGUGACCAACGGGCAAUAUUUAAAAAUUUAUUUAAAAGAGGAUUUGCCGCCGCGGCUACAUUAUGUCCAUAGUGAUCGAAUCGCACCGAUCAUUGGGUUACUCGACGAAGGGUUUAAAGUCGAGCAAACGAGAUCGAAUAGGCAAGAGUGCGGAGGAGCGCAUGGAUACGACAACUCGUUUUUCUCGAUGAGGUCGAUUUUUGUUGCUCAUGGACCUCGGUUUGGCCGGGGUUUGAAAGUUCCUUCUUUUGAAAAUGUCGAGAUAUACAAUUUGGUCACGGCUAUCUUGAACAUAACCGGAGCUCCGAAUAACGGGACGUCGACAUUUCCCGAUAGUGUUCUUUUGCCGGAGCAUUGACGAGACGUGUUGCUCGUGAUAUACGGUAUACCGAAAAUCAGAACGCUUAUUAUAAAGUUUUGUAGGUGAGGAGUUAGAAGAUGAUAAAUUGUUUGGGAUCGCCGAAUGUGAAAUGAUAUGUACUUUUUAGAAGAUGAAUUUGUUAAGUCGAUGCAUGUAAAAUAUAUGUAUAUAU